CAUGAUCCCAGAAUUCCGUUCUCUCGUCGUCGAGAAGGUGACAGGGGACAGAAGCUAUGGCUGCGUACCUUACACAUCAACAAAAGGUGCUUAGACUUUACAAAAAGUCUCUAAGGCACCUCGAAUCGUGGUGUGUGUUUAGGGACAAAUAUCGCUUCUAUGCUUGUCUGCUGAGGGCACGGUUUGAUGACGGCAAGAGUGAGAAGGACAUGGCUAAAGCCACUUUGAUGCUUAAAGCCGGAGAGGAGGAAUUCUGGGCUAACCAGCAUCCUCAGCCCUACCUCUUCCCAGACUCUCCUGGAGGGACUUCUUAUGAGAGAUAUGAGUGCUAUAAGGUCCCUGAAUGGUGCUUGGACCAUUGGCAUCCCUCUGAAAAAGCUAUGUAUCCUGACUAUUUCUCCAAGAGGGAGCAGUGGAAGAAACUCCGUGCUCAGUCAUGGGAGAAGGAGGUCCAGCAGCUGCAGGACGAGACCCCUGCCGAUGGCCCCAAGAGCGAGGCCCUUCCUCCAGCCAGGAAGGAGGGAGACCUCCCCCCUCUGUGGUGGCAGUUUGUCACCCGCCCUAGGGAGCGCCCAAUGUAAGAGUGCAGAUCGGUGCUGGCCAGUGACUUUGCCAUUGCAUGUCUUGAGACUAGGAUGCAUUUCAAACCAUGACACUGGCCCUGAACAAAUGUAAUGUUCAUUUACCAGUUUGGUCAGAGGGAGAACACCGCCACUUACCUGUAGAAACCUGUAUUAGCAUACCUGCUAUUUCUGUUGACUGGUGAAUAAGUUGAAGAAAUUAUAAAUAAAUGUAUAUUGUAAAAUCCUA